AGCAGGACACACACACACACACACAGCUCCCGCUGGGGAAACAGGAUUAACAAGAACCGGAUUUCUUCUUUUUAUUGAACCCCUGAAAGCAGCAGAUAAAUCUGUUUUUGGAUUUCCUUCACUCGCUUCGGCACAGAAUAAACACAACGGUGAAGACGAUGCUUCUGGAGCGUGGGGACAGCUUCAUGUCGGAGUUCGAGGACGCGUGCAGCGCCUGGGUGGACAGCGUGGGGUCCAGCCCCAGCGACGGAGCCGAGUCUGACGUGGGGUCUCCCUUCUGCCAAGUCUUCUCUCCGGGAACAGACGCCUCUGACUCAGAUUUCUUCUCCGACUUCAGCGACUGCUCCUCGGACACUCUCUCCCCCUCCCUCGGCUACGCAGGUGGCUUCUUCCCCUCCGAGCCCGAGGCGGUGUCGGCGGUGUCGGGGGUGUCGGGGGUGGCGGGGGUGGCGGAGCUGAGCAGCACGGCGGACGCCAUCCUCAACAUGAUCACCGAGAUCGUGGGCAUCUGCACCGAGAUGGAGCAGCAGAGCGAGUCCUCCGGGUCCUCCUUAGCCUCCUCGCUCCAGCUCCUCGCUCCCAGCGCCGAUCCGAUCCUCCCUCCUCUCGCUCUCGCUCAGCCCCCGCCUCCCGCCUCAGUCCCCCCCACCCACCUCCACCCCAUCGUGGUGAAAAGCGAGUUCCCCGUGAGCUCCAGCUGCGGCUCCGGGUGUGGACACUCGGCGCCGACCGGGAACGAGAACGCCGCCGGCGACGCUCUCCCGCUGGCGGACGUGUCGGAUUUCAUUGACUCUCUGCUGGGCGGCGACGCCAACGCCAACGGCCUGGGCGAGGUGAAGCAGGAGCCCCUGGGGCUCGAGGACUGGCUGAAAAGCUUGGCGGGGGGGGACCCCGGCAGCUACGUCAUUGGUUGGCCGACGUCUAACGUGAAGACGGAGCUGGCGCAGAGCUUCUCCCCCUCGCCGCUCUCCUUCCCCUCCACCCUGGACGCUCACCUCCUGUCGACGCUCCUCCAGGGCGCGUUCCCCAUCAACCUCGCGCCCGGAGGAGCCCCCAAAGCGUCGCGGGGCGGCGGCCGGCGAGCCCCCGCCAAGAGCACCGGGCUCAAAGCGAAGCCCUUCCCGUGCUCGGUGCAGGGCUGCGAGCGCCGCUUCUCGCGCUCCGACGAGCUCAACAGGCACGUGCGCAUCCACACGGGCCAGAAGCCGUUCCAGUGCGCCGUGUGCUCGCGCAGCUUCAGCCGCAGCGACCACCUGACCACGCACACGCGCACGCACACCGGCGAGAAGCCCUUCUCCUGCGACGUGUGCGGGAAGCGCUUCGCGCGCAGCGACGAGAGGAAGAGGCACGGACGCGUGCACGUGAAGCAGCAGCUGCGAGCGCAGAUGAUGGCCGCCUACUCGCUGGCUCUGAACGCGCCCGCAGGAGUGUAAAGAAAACCUCUCUUGUGUUUUGGAGUUAAUUGAAAAAAGCUUCCUGGUUUAACGCAUCAGACGAGAGACGUUCCCAUGUGACGUCACAAUGAUGGCCGUUCGGUUCAGAGGACUUUAUCGUCUAGAUUCUGGCUUCUUCUAGCGGCUCGUGCGUGAGAGUUCAUGUCCACUGUCGGAGGAUAAAGACGGGAAGUGGAUCAAAGGACUCGCUGACAGCGUUCAGGUCUGAUCCAUCGAGGUGCUCUGGACUUUAAAAUGCUGCUGGACUUUAGUAUGUUUCACCCUGGAUUCAGUUUUUCCCAUGUUUUGCUGAUUGUUUUUGUCAAAGUGCCAAACGGUCCUGACUCCAGUUAUGAAAAAACGUAAUUUUAUCAUCGUAAAACACACCUAAAUUCAAAGUCCACUG